AUGAAAUCAAAGUAUACAGAUAAAUCAUUUAGUUUGCAUACAUCAAAUGUGCAAUCGGAUAAUACUGUUAAUGAUGAUCCUAGUUAUAAUAAUAAUAAUAACAUACAAACAAUGUCAAAAUCAUCACCUAAAAAUAAAUCACAUUCACCAUUGCCAACAUCAACAAAUUUCUUAUAUAACAUAUCGAAUCCCGUUGAACGUAAUUUUAAAUUAACCAAUCAAGUUGGUGGUUUAGGUUUAGUAUCAUCAGUACAAAAUCGUAUUAGUCUUGAUACAUUAUCACAUACAACAAAUUCUCCAUUAAAUAUAAUAAAGCAUAAUUCACCAGUUUUAACUAAUUCAUUAAUUUCUUCAAUGGAUGAUAUAAAACGAUAUAAAAAUAAUCAACCAAUAACUGAUUGGCCAAAAUCAUUAGCAUCAGAAGAAUAUAGUAAAAUUAAUAUGCGUAUUAUGGGUCAACCAAUUGAUCCAAGUGUUGUUAAUCAUUUACAUCCAGAUGUAUCACCACAUAAAACAAAAAAAUUACGUAAAAUUUUAUCUGGUAGUUUAGAUAAAGAAUGGACAUCUGAAACACCACCAAGAGUAUUAAGACAACGUGGAAUAUCUGGUUCAUUUAAUACAAAUAAUCAAGAAAGUUAUACAUCACUUGAUGCUAAAUUAUUAAAAGAGAUAAGAGAAUUGAAUUUUACAUUUCGUAAUUCAUAUGGUGUAUAUUUUACAUUAACUGAUGAACAAAUUCAACCAUAUCGUUAUUGGUUAAUUGAACGUGCUACAUGUGAAAUGGAUUUUAUAUGGGAAGAUUUAGGACCAUUAUUUUGGCCACGUUGGAUACGUAGAGGUGUAUGUUUAAAUCGUCCUGGACAUUCAUGUUCAUGGCCAUCUGGUAUGAAAUGUCGACCAUCUGGUUCACGUGCAUUACAAUUAUUACAUUGGAAAUGUGAAGAUGCUGCACAAGUGCAAACUAGAGAACAUGCUGCUGAUCAACGUAUACGUCGUCGUGUAUCAAUGAAUACAUUUCAUUCAGGUUUUUAUGAAAUGGAACCUGUUACAGAUAUUAUUAAAUCAAAACAUAAACGUGACACAUAUGCACGUUUAAGUUUGAAAGAUAAUUCAUUACAACAUAUUAAUUCAUAUCGUAAAUUACAAGCACGUAAUCUUGGUAAUUCACAUUAUGAUACUAAGACAUCAUGGACAAAUAUAAAAUCAUCUGAACCAUCAACAUUAUCAUCAUCAUCUUCAUCCUCGGUAUCAUCUUCAUCAUCAUCUUUACACUUAGAUACAAAUUCAAAAGAUGAAAAACGUCGACGUCGUGCUAGACGUCUAAUUAAACGUCUCAGUGUAACAGCUAAUGGAUAUCAUUGUUAUUGGCAAGUACAAAAAUAUUUAAUUAGUGAUCGUUGUUCAUGUUCAUGUUCAUAA